AUGCUUCCAGCGCUGGUGGUCGCGCAGGUAGGCUUGCAUGUGGGCCUUGAUGCGCCUGCAUACAAGAGCGCAGAGGAAGCAGGGUUGGUAGAGAGGAGUGAGAUUUGUUUCUCAAAGGUAGUCACUGAUGAGGGGCCACCGGCAUCGAUAUGUGUGCGGCAGUGCACGUGUGCUGGGACAGGGAUAGUGGGUGUGGCCAGGAGGGGCUUGGACGACAUCGGAGAGAAGGAGAUGCGGGGGACAGGGGGAUGCGGGGGACAGGGGGAUGCAGGAGAGGAGGUGGUGAGGAGGAAAUCCGUGCAAGGUGGGCGCAGUGAGUGCCGACACGGAGGUAGGAGUGAGCGACGCCACACACGUCCCUCUCAGUCAGCAGCACCACCCCUCUCCACUCGCCCACCUCCCACCCCUCCGCCCACUCGUGUGUCUUCACCACCACGCUCACUCCUCCCCACUCUCACUCCUCCCCACUCCCCUCCAUCCAUCCUCACCCCCUCCCCAUCUCCUUUUCCCCCUAGUUCUGCGGACCCCCCCCCCCCCCCCCCCUCCCCUCCCCUCGCCCCCAGGUCCGCGGCUUGUGAGUGGCGAGAGCCCCCUGGCGCGCAGCUUGCUGGCGGAGACGGAGUGCAGCCAAUAGGAGAGCGCCAGCUGGCCCGAGUGGGCGAGCAGCAGGCGGACGGCGUUGAAGAGCCACGUGGAGCCUGCAUUCGGGCAGGGAGGGGAAGGGUGAGAUGGGAGGAGGGGUUGGGUGGAGUGAGGGAGAUGGGAGCGGGGGUUGGGUGGAGGAGGGUGGGUGCGGGGGGGAGGGGAGGGGAGGGGGGGAGAAGACAAGGAAGGCCGUGA